AUGGGCAUCGGCGCGGAAGCGUUCGCCACGCUGCAACUGAUCGUUGCGGGGUUGAUCGGGCUGUGGGCGCUCAAGUACAUAGCUUCGGAGGCGUACUACCGGGGGCUGCUGUGGUUCAGGGACAAGGAGCGAGAAGCCAGGGUGGCUCGUGGGCAGGUCACAGUCGACCGUGAGCGCGAGCGGUACCUCUCGUACGAGCGUCUGCAGAAGAAACAGAAGGAGUUGGAAUUGGCGGUUCAGAAGGAAAAGGAAGAGGCGGAGAAGAAGCAGCGGGAGGCGGAGAUAGCGCGGCUCGAUGCCGAGGCCGCGCGCCACGGCCUCACUGCCUCUACGACAGCACACAGGCUCAACCACUCGCCGGGGUCCGAAGAGCGCUUCACGGGGUACCGGCGGACCGCACGGUCGUAG